UUACGAACGCAUCAUGCUAUCGGAAGUAGCUUAUUAGCUAAUCUGUUUUGAAACCUGUUUUUAGACCACUGCUCUAUUUAUAAUGUCGUUUAAAAGAGAAGGAGAUGAUAAAAGUCAGCUCAAUAUCCUGAAGAAACGUCGUGUGGCAGACCUUUUGUCUAAUUUUAUUCCGGAAGAUGAAGCGGCUCUGAUGAAAAAUGGGAGAUACACUUGUCUUGUAUGUUCCUACCGUCCCGUGUUUGAUACGGUAGACAUGCUGACAGUCCACAGGCAAGGAAAGAAGCAUCUCGAAGGAUUGAAAGCGUUUUAUGGCAAGAAAGCAAAGCUGAAGAAUGAAAUUUCGAAAAUACAUCAUGAAAACUAUAUCCAGUCUGAAGAAAAACAACAGGAACCCUCCAGUUCAGCACCUUUACUGGCACAAACACGGAAGCUCACCCAUCAUGCUUUACUAAAGACUAUCCCCUAUAACAGCUGCCACAGAAAAACUAGUACAAAACCUCAAAGAAGACCUAUGAGUACUGGCUCAGGUACCAUUGGAAACCUACACAGCAAAUCUCCAUCUGCAUCCUGUAAAACUGAAGUUUUAGAAAUAUCAGCAACCAGCAAUGAUGACGCUAACACAAUAGUCAAAACAGAAGACCUGGCUGCAUUAACACAAGCUGCAGAACCUCUAACGGCACAGAGGAGAAAGGAAAUGGAGCACUAUCUCAAACUGAAAAGUGAUGGGUGGGUGCAAGAUCGUAACGGCCAGUGGGUCAAAGACGAGAAUGUAGAGUUUGACUCAGAUGAGGAAGAACCUGCACCGCUUGUUCCCUUAUCUACAACAAAGAGCUGGUGUUGCAACUCUCCAGCACCGCCUGCAUGUCAACAUACAUAUUUUGUGCUCCUGGUUCAAAUUAAUUUGGGACGAUUCGUUCAUCUCUUUCACACCCCUGAUAGAGGAAGCUGUCACAUCGCUGUCAUCAGAGAUCGUUUCAGGCUCUGA